AAUCUCAAAGCUAUGUCAAGCAAGCCAUGGCUCGAGGACCCACAGGAUGAUGAGACAAUGAUAUGCACCUUGAAGAACACUUUCUCCACAUCAAAGAGAGAAAACCCCAAGAAUUCCUCCCAUCUCACAUUCUCACCACAAUCCUCUCUCUCUCUUAACACCAACACAGGAGGAGAAAUUCCCUCUCUAAAACCAGCUCCUCUCAGAGAGAGAGAAGAAGGCAGUAGUGGUUUGAAAGCAGGAAAGAGAAAGCAAGAGGGGGUAGUAGCACUGUAGCAGCAGCAGCUUUAGGUCAGUAGCAGGAGUAAUCAACAACACCACCACCACACCAUCACCACCACAGCAGCAGCUCUUCUUGUUUCUUUCCAAUUUACCAGUUGUUGUUCUUCCCCCCUUGCUGCUGCUGCUGCUGCUGCUCUCUCUCUCUUCUUUGUGUGUGCAGCUGCAGAGAGAGUCUAGCUGAGCAGUAGUAGCCCACCACCCUCGCUUUCCCCUCCCCUCCUCACCACCCACUCCUCCCUCCUCCACACCAAUUCCAAGCAAGAAACCAAAAGAAACCCACCUCACCUCCUGCUUGUUUGCUGCUUCGACGUCGUCUCGUCUCGUGGUUGAGGGGGGAGCCUGGCCUCUUUUUUUUUUUCUGUGGGGAUUGCUUUGCUGUGCGUUCUUGGAUUGGUUCAUUGGUUCUUGGCGUCUUGCGUGUGAUGGGAUUCAUGUGGCCGCUGUGAGACCGGGAAAGGCAGGUUCUUGAUGGCCUCCCGCGGCAGCGGCGGCGGCGGCGGAGGAGGAAGAGGAGGAGGCAACGGAUGGGACAAGUGGAAGCCCAAGCCCGCGUGGUUGGCUGAGCUCGUUCUUGCCAGAGCCCGGCGUUGCUCUGGGUUGUGAUUGGUUGUGUCGUGGCGGCGUGUUUCUUGGGGGGACGGCGGCGAGAUGAGCAGAGCUGGAGAGUGCGGCGGCGAAGGCGGGCGGCGGGGGAGGUCGGCGGCGGCGCACGCCGGCGCGGGGGCGGUGGCCGGGUUUCUUGGGUGCCUGCUGCUGGUGUGGGCGAUCGGUGGGUGCGGGAGGAGGUGGUGGGGGUGCGGGGAGGCGGCGGCGGCGAGUGACGGGGUGGAGGAGGUGGCGGCGCAGUUCAACCUCAGCGUCGGCAAGCUGCAGGCAUUGGCGUCUCUCCUGUCUUCUCCGGAGAGGGAAUGCAUAUGUAAAUCUGGUACGAUCAAUGAUGGUAAUCCAGUCAACAGCAUGCUCGAUAUCUCAAAUUCUCGUAUUAAGAAUAAACUACCUGGAGGAAAUCAAAACUGGUUGGACGAUGUGAUUCUUCAAGAUUGUUUCACGAAUGAAGAUAAUUAUGACAAAAGUAGUCAUGAAACCAACUUAUUGCAAAAUGCUGUGCAACAAGACAUUGGCUCUCCUACGACACCAUGGAAUCAGAAAAAUGUGUUGAGCUGCAAUCACGGGAUGAUAUUUAGUUUGUCUGCUUCCUUUGGAAUAGUUGUAUCUUUGGUAGUUAUAACUAUUUCCAAAAAAGGGAAGCAAGAAAAUGAACUGUGUCAGCAUGAGAAACUUCUCCAGACGCCGAGUGCUAAGAUAAGUCGAAAAUGGUCGAAGAGAGCGCUUCUUAUUGGUGUGCUAGUUGGGCUUUGUAGUUCUGUCUGGAUAUUUUCAAGCAUGUAUGCUGAUGUUGUUGCUAGAAGAAUUGAGAAUCUUGAAAAUAUGUGUGAUGAGAGAGCUAGGAUGCUACAAGAUCAGUUCAAUGUGAGCAUGAACCAUGUGCGCGCAUUGGCUAUUCUAGUCUCAACUUUUCACCAUGGGAAGAAUCCUUCUGCUAUUGAUCAGAAAACAUUCGAGGAUUUCACAGCUAGGACAACAUUUGAAAGGCCAUUGAUGAGUGGUGUUGCCUAUGCUUUGAAGGUGCUGCACAGUGAAAGGGAAUUGUUUGAGCAAAAGCAUGGAUGGAAGAUUAAAAAGAUGGAAGCCGAAGAUCAAUCACUUGUUCAUGACUACAAUCCUGACAAGCUUGAACCUUCACCAGUUCAAGAUGAGUAUGCACCUGUUAUUUUCUCGCAGGAAACUGUAAAGCACAUUAUAUCAGUCGACAUGAUGUCUGGGAAGGAAGACCGCGAUAAUAUAUUGCGUUCACGGGCAACAGGCAAAGGGGCCCUAACAUCACCUUUCGAACUUCUUAAAUCUAAUCACCUUGGUGUGGUGCUCACGUUCACUGUGUAUAAAUAUGAUCUUCAUCCUAAUGCAACACCAGAGGAACGUAUUGAAGCUACGCUGGGUUAUCUUGGUGCAUCAUUUGAUGUUCCAUCUCUGGUUGAGAGACUCCUGGAGCAACUUGCUAGCAAACAAAAGAUAGUUGUUAGGCUGUAUGACAUCACAAAUCAUACUUCUCCUACUAAAAUGUAUGAUUCAGAUGUUAAUGCAUCUGGUGAUCUGCAUAUUAGUAGUAUCGAUUUUGGGGACCCGACACGCAAACAUGAAAUGCAUUGCAGGUUCAAACAUAAGCCUUCACUGCCAUGGUCAGCAAUUAUGAUUUCAUCAGCAGUAGCUAUAAUUGUUUUGCUUGUCGGCUAUAUUAUCUAUGCUACUCUGAACUCUCUUGAAGAGGCGGAAAAUAAUUAUACAGCAAUGAGAGAAUUAAAAGGACGAGCUGAAGCCGCAGAUGUUGCAAAGUCCCAGUUUCUAGCAACUGUUUCCCAUGAGAUUAGAACUCCAAUGAAUGGUGUACUAGGUAUGUUACAGAUGCUCAUGGAUACGGAACUUGAUACAACUCAAAGGGAUUUUGUAGUUACAGCUCAAGAGAGUGGAAAAUCAUUGAUAAACUUAAUAAAUGAAGUACUUGAUCUAGCUAAGAUAGAAUCAGGGAAAAUUGAGCUGGAGGCGGUGCGAUUUGACGUGCGUGAUAUUCUUGACAACGUGGUAUCUUUGUUUUCUGAGAAAUCAUGGGCUAAGGGUGUAGAGUUGGCUGUACUUGUAUCUGAUCAAGUUCCAGAUGUUCUGAUUGGGGACCCGUGGCGGUUUCGGCAAAUCAUUACAAAUCUUGUAGGGAAUUCUAUGAAGUUUACUGAACAAGGCCAUAUCUUCAUUCAAGUGCAUUUAGUUGAAGAAGUGAAGAAGAAAAUGGAGGUUUUAGAUGAUACUUCUCCUGAAAACAGAGAAGUUACAGAUAAUUCCAACAAUACCAUGGCUUAUAAUACUCUAAGUGGGCUUGAAGCAGCAAAUAAGUGGAAAACCCUGGAGAAUUUCAGGAUGUUCAAAGAUUCAUCAGAUGCAAUAGAUUCAGUGAACUUACUAGUAACUGUUGAAGACACUGGUGUAGGAAUAACUAAGGAUGCUCAAACUCGGAUUUUUACACCUUUCAUGCAAGCUGAUGGUUCCACGUCACGGACUUAUGGUGGAACUGGAAUUGGUUUAAGUAUUACAAAACGCCUAGUUGAAUUGAUGGGUGGAGAAAUAGGGUUUGUGAGUAAACCAGGAGUUAGCAGUACAUUUUCUUUUACUGCCAUUUUCAAGGAAAACAGGAAAGAUCCAGGGGAUAUCAAAAGGUACUGUCCUGAACCUACUCCGCCGGAUUUUCAAGGAAUGAGAGCCCUUGUUGUUGAUGGAAGACAUGUUCGUGCUGAGGUUACCAUGUACCAUCUUCGGAGACUUGGGAUACAAUGUGAUCUUGCAGCCACGUCUGAAUCAGCACUUUCUGUUUUGUUGGAAGCCUGCAAUUCGAGUGUAAAAAGCAGUGUGAACAUGGUGCUUGUUGACAAAGAAGCUUGGGGUAAGGACUCAGGCUUGGCGUUUUUCCGGUGCCUUGUGGAUCUUUGGCUGAAGGGCACACUCAAGUCUUGGCAAACAAUGCCGAAGUUCUUCCUUUUGGCAGGUUCAAUAAGUCCUGCUGAUUCUGAUUGUUUGAGGUUGGCAGGGUAUGCUAAUAGCAUAAGAAAACCCCUUCGCCUUAGUACAGUUGCUGCUUGUCUUAGUAAAGCACUAGGGGUUGGACUUACAGGCCGACGGAGUAGAGAUAAUUCUUUGGUUCUUCGAAGUGUACUGACAGGAAAACACAUUUUAGUCGUGGACGACAAUGCUGUUAAUCGCAUAGUUGCAGCUGGUGCUUUGAAGAAAUAUGGAGCUAUAGUUACCUGUGUGGACAGUGGAAAGGAGGCAAUUUCUAUGCUUGAGCCGCCUCAUAAAUUUGAUGCUUGUUUUAUGGAUGUUCAGAUGCCUGAGAUGGAUGGGUUUGAAGCUACUAGAUUAAUCCGUGCUGUAGAAAGUAAAAUCAAUAAUAUGAUCCACAGAGGUGAAGUGUCUUCGGAGCUCUACGGAAAUAAGGCCCAUUGGCAUGUACCUAUAUUAGCCAUGACAGCGGAUGUAAUUCAAGCAACUUUUGAAGGAUGCAUGGAAUGUGGAAUGGAUGGGUAUGUGGCAAAACCAUUUGAAGAACAGCAACUCUACUCUGCAGUUGCUCAUUUCCUAGAGGCCGAUGCAACGGAUCCAUUGUCAUAAGAGGUGUAAUGGCCACAUUGGUUCAGGUUCUCUAAUGUAGCAUCUGCUAAAAAACCAUUUGGAGAUAACAGUCCUGCAAAGCAGAGGAGCUAUGCAGUAAAUUGAGAUCAGAAGUUUGAUUGGACUUCUGUUUAUGAUUCACAUGACAAUGAUAAAAUCUACUUCAAAAUCCAGAGUUCAGCCAUGUGCUUGAGGGGAAGCCUUGAUCGUUUUUAGCCAGUGGAAAACAAUGGUGGACAUACACUGUACUGACAUAACACAACCACCUUCACUGCUGUUCCACUGCAAUUACUGACAUUAAAGCCGUUCUUGUUGUACAGCUAAUAUAUACUAUAAGGAAGCUAAUGCUCUUGUUUAUUAUGUAUUCUUGAGUGUACAUAUGAAAUGGCAAGAUAGUUGUGAGAGGUGGAGGAUUUGUCUGGUGGCUUGAAGAAUGUAAAUAGGAAUGUUCAUAUCCAUCUUUCUCUUGUCUGGUUAUUUAGAUCAGUGUAGAUAUUUACAUUCUCUUGUAGAAAUGUAAUUGAUUAUUAUUAUGUUACUGCACUGUUCCAAAAUAUAUAUACUCUGAUUCCAAGAUCUCCCCAAGUAGAUGUGCUGAGUAACUUGUCAUUUUC